GUCAAAUUUAUGAAUGAUUUACUCCUGGGGUUUGAGGGCUGGAUGCAAACCGAGCAGAAAGGAAGUUGUCAGCAGCAUCCUGCUCUGGCCAAUGGUAGGAGAGCUCCCAUCUUAGUGUGCCAUAGGCUGCAUUAAAAAAAGAGACCAGAACAGCGCUCUUCCAGCACCCUCUCAGACAGACCCCCCAAAAUUGGGUGAUAGUGAGCACGCUAAGACAACUCUUCAAGAAUGGCAACCCUCAACACCACUCACUGGAAUGAGACUACAUCCGUUUCCCAGUAUCUGGGCUUUCAAGUGCAAAAAAUUUACCCUUUCCAUGAUAACUGGAACACUGCCUGCUUUAUUAUCCUGAUCAUAUUCAUCUUCACUGUAGUUUCUCUGGUGGUGUUGGCUUUCCUCUAUGAACUGCUAGACUGUUGCUGCUGCGUGAAAAAUAAAACUGUGAAAGACUUGGAGAAUGAACCCAAUCCUGUUAGAGCAAUGUUGAACAGGUUCAGAAAAGCAUGAAAACAGAGGUGGUGUAGGAAGGACUGAGCAUCAGCACCUGAAGAACGUUAACAACCACUUGAACGAAGCCUCAUGAUUGACAUGAUUGAGCAAGU